AUGGUCUCUCAGUUCCCUACCAAGAAGUGCGGUGUCCUCGGUGCCACUGGCUCUGUUGGCCAGCGCUUCAUCCUUCUUCUCGCCCAGCACCCUUACCUCACCCUCCACGCCAUUGGCGCUUCCUCUCGAUCUGCUGGCAAGAAGUACAAGGAUGCUGUUCGAUGGAAGCAGGCCUCUCCCAUGGGCGACAUCGCCGACAUGGUCGUCAGAGAGUGCAAGGCUGAGGAGUUCCAGGACUGUGAUGUUGUAUUCAGUGGUCUUGACUCGGAUGUCGCUGGAGAUAUUGAGAUGGCUUUCAUCAAGGCCGAUAUCCCCGUCUUCUCCAACGCAAAGAACUACCGCCGCGAUCCUCUAGUACCUCUCGUCGUCCCCACCGUCAACCUCCCUCAUCUCGACCUCAUCCCCCACCAGCGUUCCGUCCACAAGCUCAACAAGGGCUUCCUCGUCUGCAACUCCAACUGCGCCGUCAUUGGUCUCGUCGGCCCCUUCGCCGCCCUCCAGGCUGCCUUUGGCCCCAUAUCUACCGUUUCAAUCGUCACUCUUCAGGCCGUCUCCGGCGCCGGUUACCCUGGUGUUUCCAGCAUGGACGUGAUCGACAACAUCGUCCCCUUCAUCUCAGGCGAGGAGGACAAGCUCGAGACCGAAGCCCGCAAGAUUCUCGGCCGUCUCGACGACAGCGGUACUGCCUUUAUUGAGCAAGAGGGACUUCGCGUCUCAGCCACCUGCAACCGAGUUCCCGUCAUGGACGGCCACACUGCCUGUGUCAGCUUGAGCUUCGAGCGCAAGCCCUCUCCCUCAGCUGAAGAGGUUCGCAAGGCUCUGCGCGACUACAAGUGCGAGGCCCAGACCCUUGGCUGCCCUUCAGCACCUGAGCCUGCUAUCAAGGUCUUUGGUGAUGAUGAGCCUGACCGUCCUCAGCCCCGUCUCGACCGCGACCUUGGCCGUGGCUACACUGUCAGCGUUGGCCGUGUACGUGAGGAUGAGGCCGGUAUCUUUGACAUCAAGUUCACUGCUCUGAGCCACAAUACCGUCAUUGGUGCUGCUGGAUCCUCGAUAUUGAACGCCGAGGCUGCUAUCCUCAAGGGUUAUAUCUAA